UGGAGGUAAACACACACACACUGGCGCCUGGGGAGCACCACGCCACCAGCCUCACUCUCUCACUUCCUUCUGCACUCAGGGAGGAAGGUAAACCCUUCAGGCAAACUCCACUUACCUUCAAGAAGCAGAAGAAUAUAAUUCCUUGUUGGGGACAGGCAGUCUUUGUAUAUACUGUAUAUGUGUACGUUAGGGUUGUAUCAAAGCCCCUGCCCAAGGUGGAACUCUUGACCCCAGGAUGCUGCCCCACAACAGUUGGCUAACCCUUGGGUACCUAGGUACUUCUUGGUGAACAGAGGCAUUAGAGGAAAGAAAACAUGUACAACUGUACUACUGAGAUACCUUUAAUGUAAACUACACAUAUACCAAAGAAGAAUGAAGAGUCACCACUGUGAAGAAAUGCAAGAAAAUUAACUUUUAACUGAGUGGUAGAUGGUUGGAACAAGUUAGGUGAGAAGGUGGUGGAGGCCAAGACCGUCAGUGGUUUGAAAGCGUUAUAUGACAAAGUGCUGGGAAGACGGGACACCACGAGCGUAGCUCUCAUCCUGUAACUACACUUAGGACUUGGGUUUAGCGAUGAAAAAGAGAAGAUACAGACCUAGACGUGGGCUGGCAAGUAAUGCAGGCACGCCACUACAGACACAAGUUACAGACCAUUUACAUUCUCCAUCUGGUUCCAGUUCUGCUACUGCAUUUGACACACACAAUAACCAUAGAGGCACUCCUCAAUUCAAUUGGCAUAAUGACUUGCCCCUACUUCAACCUAUCACAUCAUUUUCACCUAUGCAAGGUCAGGGUGGUGAUGCCGCCAUUCCAGGAGACCUUCUGCCCAGUAUUAGCCGUGGAAUUGUUAACAAUAGUACAGUCAUUGAGAUUUUGGUUAAGCUGCUCUGUCGAGAACGUGAAGCUGAUCCCGCUAGUAGAGAAGUGUUAUUUAAAGCCUUGUGUACGGUGAUUGGACAGUGUAACUCAUCUCUAUAUUUACCACUGCAUGCCUUUCCCGAGCUUCAAGAUUUUCAGGCUAACCUUAUAAAACAGUUUGAAAAAUUGUUUGAAAAUGCUCAAAGUCAAAUUCCAGUAAACUCUGCAAACUUGGUUCUUCCCAGGCUACGACUUCCAGCAUCUCCACGAAAUCAACUUAUGAUGACAAACUCUUAUCGGCAUCUCCUGGAUGAUCGCUACACUAGAGAAUUUACGGAAGUGGAGAUUUUGGGAAAAGGAGGCUUUGGUGUGGUUGUCAAGGCCGAACAUAGACUAGACGGGCGUUUUUACGCCAUUAAAAUUAUUCCUGUGAAAGAUGAUGGUAAAAGUGACCAAGCCAACUUAUUGAGGGAAGUGACAUCCCUGGCACAGCUGGACCAUCCUCACAUUGUACGCUAUCAUUGUGCUUGGACACAACUUUAUGUCCUGCCACCACACCUCAGUCACAGUGUUGAAUUUAAUGAGACAUUGGCAAGAAAACCUCGUAAUCCUUCAUCGGUGAUCCUACGGCCAAAAGUUUUGAAUGUAUCACCACUGCAGAGAAUCAGGAUUGAAGAGUUAUCGAGCUCGGAAGAAGAAGAUGAUUCAAUUGAAGAAUCUUCAGGUGGAAUUUCUUUCAGAGAAGAAACCAAGGCUCAAAGCAAACCAAACUUAAGAUCCAUAGGUCACAAGACUUGUAAUGGUAUUUGUGAAGAUGCAAAAAAAAGUCUUGCUACUCGUGAAGACAGAAAAAUAGAUAAGGAAAUUUCUUUUUAUAAAAGGACACAAAAAAAUAUUUUAAGUUCUGUAAAAAGUAAUGAAGUUUUAAAUAAUGGUUUGUGCGAGUCUAAUUCCAAUCUCACUCAUAAUUUAAAUAAAUUUAUUAAUAAAGAAAGCUUGAAUGCCAAAAGCUCAACAGAUGAAAGCAAAGUAUUUUUUGAAAAUAAUCAUUGUAAAAAGAAAAUUAGUUCGUCAAGUUCUGAAAUUUCAUUGAGUUUGCCCUUUGUCAAAGAAAAGUGCACAGCUGCUCUAGAUUGCAACUCUUUUAGCCUCAGCUCCUCUCCUGACGAUAUUUGUAAAAAAUCGGUUUUGCCUUACCGUUCAUUCAGAAAUGAUCUACAGCAGAAUCGUAGAUGCCCUCCUAUUGCUCGAAUGACUCUUUUUAUCCAGAUGGGACUGUGUGGAAAAUCUUUAAGGGACUGGCUAAUAAGCAGGAAUGAAACUCAUACUUCCAGUGCUAUCAACACGCAGGCUGCCAUAAAUCGAGUUGAAUGCUUGUCCUUAUUCAGGCAAGUGCUCUUAGCUGUGAAGUAUAUUCACUCGCAGAAAAUUAUUCAUCGAGACAUAAAGCCUGCAAAUAUAUUUUUUACUUUGGAUGGGAAAAAUAUCCAAGUAGGUGACUUUGGUUUGGCUCGUUCACUUCCUGACUUGACUACUUCUGGAGAUGGAGGGGCAGAUUUUGUCACCCAGUCCAGUCUUACUCCAAUAUCUGAGCACGCACCAAACACCCGCGGUGUUGGUACUCCCAUCUAUGCAGCUCCAGAACUCACAAGUGGAGGUCAAUAUGAUGAAAAGAGUGAUAUGCAUAAUUUAGGGAUAAUACUUCUGGAGCUUUUCCAGUCAUUCAAUACAGGAUCAGAAAGAAUCCAUGUAAUCAACAAACUUAAAAUGAAGAGACAUUUGAACCAAGAUGUAAUUGCUUCUUGGCCUAAUAUUGCAUCAUGGAUACUGAAACUCUCAGACCCAGAACCAAGUAAUAGGCCGUCAGCAAGUGAAGCGCUCGAAUCAUCAUUGUUUAAACCCCCAUUUACAGAUGAACGAUCAUUUAUUUACCACAGUCAUGAUAUGGUUGUGCAAUCUAAUUGCUCUGACGAUGCUUUAAGAUGUAAAGCAAGACACAAUAAUUUAUCUGUAAUUCAAAUAGGCGAUCACAAGAAUGAUUUAAACACACAUGCAAUACAGGAAUCAAGCCAUCAAGAUGAACUGAAAGAUGCCCCCAUUAAAGUUACAAAAUCAGAAGUUUGUCUAAAAGAUAUUGAGAUUGCAAAGUUAAAAGAAGAAAGUUUUAAACAAAUUUUCCAAAAAGAUAAUGAGAUUGCAAGGCUGAAAAAAGAAAACAUGGAACAGGUUUUGCAAAAAAAUAAUGAAAUUGCAGAGUUGAAGGAAGAAAAUUUAAAACUGCAUGAGGAAAUAGCAAGAUUGCGAUUGCAGAUUUAAAAUGAAUAAAUUAAAUAUUAAAAUAUGUAAAAAAAACAACCAGAGUAAUUUUUUCCAACUGCAGCAGGGGUUGAAUGAUCACUGCUUCAAUAAGAUAAGUAUUGCCGGAGGAUUAAGAUCAAUAUAAAACCAGUAGAUCAGGUACUGGUAAUUUAAUUGUAUAUUCAGCCAGGACAUAACUAAAUCAGCAGCCCCAGGGGUUACACUAAAACCUAAGGGAAAACCUUCAUAUAAUACCAGGUCAAUAAAUAACAAAUGUAGCAGGUUGAGUACUAAAAUUAAUACCAAGUUUAGCAUGUGUUGUAGUUACAACACACAGUCAAAACCUGGUUACAGUAGCAACUCGUUUAGCCAAGAUCCAACUGCAAUGUUUACUCAUGUGCUGAUUACUACAAAUUUAAAAUUGGAUGAAAUAAUAACAGCAUUCCUUUAAGUUUUCAGUUUUAUAAUGCAAUUCACAAUUUAUAAUGCAAUUUCCUUUGCUAUGAGUUAAAUAUGUCGUGACAUUUAGCAGGUGAAAUAAAUAAGUUGUACUAUUCAGAUAAGUUUGUCCUUUUGAAAUACAGUACAGUACUUUAAUUUAUGGCAGUAAUUUUGUUAUACAUUGUAUAACAAAAUUACAUUUUUUCCUUUAUUGCUUGAUUAUGUGUAGCAUGAGAAUACCUGUAUACAAUGAAGUAAUUUUGAAUGAGGAAAUUAGUGUUUUAUAUGAUGUAUGUUUGAAAAUAUACUCAGAACUCUAU